AUGCCUUUUACCGCUGAUGUAGAUGAAAUAUUAAUAGAUGUAGUCGCCGAAAACCCAAUUCUGUAUGAUUUAAAGAUAGAAUCUUAUAAAGAUGGACAAAAAAAUGAAGAAUGCAAAAAGAGAUGGAAGUAUAUUAAAGAUUCUUACAACCGUUAUAAACGCAAGAAAAAGGCAGGUACAGGAAGUUCUGCUGCGCCCAAACAUUCGAAAUGGGAGUUCUAUGAAAGGUUACAGUUUUUAGAAGUAUCAUCAUGUCAUAGAAAAAGUAUAUCUAAUGUACCUAACCUUUCACAAAAGAGUCCCAAGGAAUCGACGGAGACCGCAAAUAACGAGGACGAUAAUGACAGCGACUCCAAUACCGAUGGUGAUCUCGACGAACAAUAUGAUACUCAAUUGACUGAGGCAGCUAUUGUCAAUGAAACCGAAAGAUCACAGGGAAAUAUAAAUAAUAUUACACAAAAAUCGUCACAAGAUACAAGUAAAGUGACAAAAACGACACAAAAAAGAAAAGACGAUCCAAGCAGGAUGAAUUUUUACAGUACCUAUAUGAAAGAAAGAGAUACACAAAGACAAGCUUUAUUACAAAACACAGUUGCAGAAAACGUUGAGAAAAAUGCUUAUGACGAUGAUGUCAGUUCCUUCGGAGACCAUAUUAAGUCUGUUUUACAAAAGUUACCUCCGAUUUUAAAGGUGAAGGCAAAAACUGAGAUUUUUAACACAAUGAGCAAAUAUGAACUUCUGGCAAUGGAAACUCCUAAUUCAACCCGAGCAACGAGUAGUAAUUCUAAUUACUCAACAUAUACUACCUUCUCCUGUACAUGCGCCAAUAUUUACACAUCAAGGCCCUUCUAGCAACGAAUAUAGCAACAAUGUGCCUUCGACGAUCUUUAACAAC